AACCUCGCAGCUUUUUCAGAUUUGCCUUGCAGAAAUUCUCUCCACAUUUCAAACGUAUUGAUUGUUAGAGAGAGAGAGAGAGAGAGAGAGAGAGUUUCUUUUUGGAGCUUUCCCAUGUCUAUUAUCACCACCGAUAAAUUAUCAACAACCAUUUUCUUGCCACUCAAACACAUCCACUAUUAAUUAACCUCUGAGAAGAAAAAGACCCAAAUCCAAAUGCCAUGUACAUACCUGCUUCUUCCUCUUCUUCUUUGUCUUCUUUUCCCACUGUCUUCCUCUGAAAGCAAGGUCAUCAUCAAGGGAAACCAGACGAUUCUGAGUUUCAAUAGUAUUUUCCGGCUCGGUUUCUUCAGCCCAACCAAUGGCGAAUCAUUUACUUCUUCUCAGUCCUCCAAUUGGUACGUCGGAAUCUGGUAUGCUUCAAUACCAACCCCUACUUACGUUUGGGUCGCCAAUCGAAACCGUCCCCUCUCCGAUCCACACUCCUCCACACUCGAGCUCACCUCCACCGGAAACCUAAUCGCCAGGAACUCCCACGACGGCGUCGUUUGGCAGUCGGACAACAAUCACCCGGGAACCGAUUUCCGGUUCUCUGAUACCGGGAAUCUGAUUUUGAUCGGAGACCACGGCUCUCCCGUUUGGCAGAGCUUUGAAAAUCCGACUGACACGUGGCUCCCGGGGAUGAAUGUCACCGGUCUAACGGCAAUGACUUCGUGGCGGACGCCAUUCGACCCUUCGCCGGGACUUUACUCCCUCAGGCUGAGCCCAAGCUUCAACGAGUUCCAGCUCGUUUUCAACGGAACCACACCCUACUGGUCCACCGGAAACUGGACCGGAGAAUCCUUCGUCGGCGUCCCGGAGAUGACCGUUCCGUACAUCUACCGGUUCCACUUCGUUAACCCGUACACCCCCGCUGCGUCCUUCUGGUAUAUCGUCACACCGUCGGACGCGUCGCCGGAGCCGCGGCUGACGCGGUUUCUGGUCGACUACAACGGCCAGCUGAAGCAGUACACGUGGGAGCCGCAGACGAAUAGCUGGAACAUGUUCUGGUUGCAGCCGGAGGAUCCGUGCCGCGUUCACGGUCUCUGUGGCCAAUUAGGGUUCUGCAGCAGCAAGCUACUUAAGCCAUGUGCCUGCAUCCGCGGUUUCCGGCCUAAGAUCGACGCCGCUUGGAGAUCUGAGGAUUUCAGCGACGGCUGCCUCCGUGAAUCUGCUGACUCCUGCGACGGGAGAGAUACGUUUGAGGCGGUGGGAGAUCUGCGGUACGACGGCGAUGUGGAGAUUUCGCGGUUUCAGGUAAGCAAGAGCUCUUGCGCGAGAAGCUGCUUGGGGAACUGCUCUUGCGUGGGGUUUUAUCACAACGACAAGUCCAAUCUCUGCAAAAUUUUACUCGAAUCGCCCUUAAAUCUCAAGAAUUCCAGCUCUUGGACUGGAAUCACCGACGAUAUUCUGUAUAUCAGAGAUCCGAGAAAAGGGAAUUCGAAGGGAAACAUUUCUAAAUUCGUAAUUAUACUGUGCAGCGUUGUUGGGUCAAUCACUGUUCUAGGUUUUGUGCCAUUGAUUCUGUUGAGGAGGAAUCGUAAGAGGAAGAAAACAAGGAAAGAAGACGAAGAUGGGUUCGCUGUGUUGAAUCUAAAGGUCUUCUCUUUCAAGGAGCUUCAGAAAGCUACCGAUGGAUUCUCGGAGAAGCUCGGACACGGCGGCUUUGGCGCUGUUUUCAAAGGAACAUUACCGGAAUCUUCCACCUCCGUGGCUGUGAAACGCUUAGAAAGACCCGGAAGCGGUGAGGGAGAGUUCAGGGCAGAGGUAUGCACCAUUGGCAACAUUCAACACGUCAAUCUCGUUAGGCUUCGAGGUUUCUGUUCGGAGAAUCUUCACAGGCUUCUCGUCUACGAUUACAUGCCAAACGGAUCGUUGAGCUCCUACUUGUCAAGAACAAGUCCCAAACUGCUAAGCUGGGAAUCGCGUUUCAGGAUCGCCUUAGGAACUGCGAAAGGGAUUGCGUAUUUGCAUGAAGGGUGCAGGGACUGUAUCAUUCACUGUGAUAUCAAACCGGAGAACAUUCUCUUGGACGGCGAUUACAACGCCAAAGUAUCUGACUUCGGAUUGGCCAAGCUCGUUGGCCGUGACUUCAGCCGGGUUCUUGCCACUAUGAGAGGGACAUGGGGCUACGUUGCUCCCGAGUGGAUAUCGGGUUUACCCAUCACCACUAAAGCGGAUGUGUAUAGCUUCGGAAUGACACUGCUCGAGCUUAUCGGUGGUCGAAGGAAUGUCAUCGUCGAUAGCGACACACCGGGAGAGAAAGAGGACAAAGGGGAGAAAGAAUCCGAAAAGUGGUUCUUUCCGCCAUGGGCAGCGCGUGAAAUCAUACAAGGAAAUGUGGACUUGGUGGUCGACUCUAGACUCAAUGGAGAAUAUAACAUUGAAGAGGCGACGAGGAUGGCAACGGUGGCGAUAUGGUGCAUACAAGACAACGAAGAGAUAAGGCCUGCAAUGGGAACGGUGGUGAAGAUGCUUGAAGGAGUUGUGGUGGUGACGGUUCCUCCACCGCCUAAAUUGAUACAAGCUCUUGUCUCCGGCGACUCGUACCAAGGAGUGGACCAUGGUUUGAGCGGUACAAGCUGUAGCGAAGGCCGUGGUUGUUCGGAUCUCGUCACUGGAUUGUCUAGCCCUGGCUCACGGUCGUCUUUUGGUAGACCUUCUUCCCCCUGAUCAGUUUUGAGAUGGUUUUGUCAAGAACCAGUCUUAAAUGUUUGUUUGUUUUUUUAGGGGCUUAGUUUAAUCUGUAAUUGUUGUUGGUUGUAUGAGAAUGUAGCCUUAAUUUGUCAUUUCCUGUUAAUAAAAAAAGGGGGAUGAGAUUUAGAAGUA